GGGCGGCGGGGCGGGCGCUAGGCCGCAAGGGCCCAGGCGGCGGCCGGGCGGCGGCGAGGGGCUCCGCGAUGCCGCUGCUCUUCCUGGAGCGCUUCCCCUGGCCCAGCCUCCGCACCUACACGGCGCUCAGCGCCCUGGCGCUGCUGGGCACCGGCCUCAGCGCCUACCGCGCCCUCAGCCAGGCCCCCGGCGGCGCCCAGGCGGACGGCGGCGCGGCGGGCACCGAGUUGGCCGAGCCCCCGCACCGGGCCGGGCCGCGGGCUCUGGACGUCGCCUACUACCUGCUGUCGGACAGCCUCUGCGUCUGGGUACUAGUGAACACUGCCUGCUGUAUUCUGGUGUUGGUUGCUGGGGUAAUCCAGCGUGUGGUGUUCGGUCCUCUUCGCGUCAGCGAGAGGCAGCAUCUGAAGGAUAAAUUCUGGAAUUUAAUUUUCUACAAGUUCAUCUUCAUUUUUGGUGUGCUGAAUGUCCAGACAGUGGAAGAAGUGGUGAUGUGGUGCCUCUGGUUCUCUGGACUUGUAUUUCUUCAUCUUAUGGUUCAGCUCUGCAAGGAUCGCUUUGAAUAUCUUUCCUUUUCUCCUACCACGCCCAAGAACAGCCACAUCAGAGUCCUGACCCUGCUCAUAGCCAUACUCCUGUCCUGCGGCGGAUUAAUAGUCAUCUGUGGUGUUAUUGGAUACAGCCAUGGCAUGCACACGCUGGCUUUCAUGGCAGCAGAGUCUCUGCUUGUGACAGUCAGAACAGCUCAUGUGAUUACGCGAUACAUAAUUCAUCUCUGGGAUCUCAACCAUGAAGGAACAUGGGAGGGCAAAGGCACUUACGUCUACUACACAGAUUUUGUCAUGGAGCUAACCUUGCUUUCCCUGGACUUGAUGCAUCAUACUCAUAUGCUGCUGUUUGGCAGUAUCUGGUUGUCAAUGGCGAGCCUGGUGAUUUUUAUGCAGCUGCGCUACCUGUUUCACGAGGUUCAGCGAAGAAUUCGGCGGCAUAAGAACUACCUGCGUGUGGUUGGAAACAUGGAAGCUAGGUUUGCAGUUGCAACACCAGAGGAGCUAGCAGUCAACAAUGACGACUGUGCCAUUUGUUGGGACUCCAUGCAAUCCGCACGUAAACUGCCUUGCGGCCAUCUCUUCCACAGCUCAUGCCUGCGGUCCUGGCUGGAACAAGACACGUCUUGCCCCACCUGCAGAAUGUCUCUUAAUAUCACUGACAACCAUCAUGUGAGGGAGAAUCGCCAAAGGGAAAAUCUGGAUGAGAACUUGGUCCCCGUGGCGGUAGCAGAAGGCAGACCGCGCUUGAACCAGCACAAUCACUUCUUCCACUUUGACGGCUCUCGAAUUGCAAGCUGGCUGCCCAGUUUUUCAGUGGAAGUGAUGCAUACUACGCACAUCCUUGGUAUCGCACAAGCCAGCAACUCCCAGCUUAAUGCUAUGGCCCAUCAGAUUCAGGACAUGUUCCCUCAGGUUCCUUACCACGUAGUUCUGCAGGAUUUGCAGAUCACUCGUUCUGUAGAGAUCACCACUGACAACAUCCUAGAGGGACGCAUCCAGGUGCCUUUCCCCACACAGCGUGCGGAUACCAUUAGACCUGCAUCAAACAAUUCUGUGGAACGGCAUAGUAGUGAUCAGGAGGAUACCGAAACUGUCACCCAGACUGGGAGAGUGCCGCUUGAACUCAGUUCGAGACUGGAAGAAAUGGUGGAAUCCAGCGAAAUGGAAGCAGAGCCUGGUGAAGCAGAAGAUUUUGAGGCCAGGGGAAGCCGCUUUUCAAAGUCAGCUGAUGAAAGGCAGCGUAUGUUGGUUCAGCGGAAGGAAGACUUGUUGCAGCAAGCUCGAAAGCGUUACUUAAACAAAACCUCUGACGAGGAGCUGACCACAGAGCAGCCCUCUCCUCUGCCCGAGGGAGCGUCCGCCGAUCCCGUCACCCUGCGUCGCAGGAUGCUGGCUGCUGCCGCCGAACGGAGGCUUCAGAUGCAGCAAAACUCUUAGUGCUUGUUGCCCCUCCUUCCUCCUCGUUAGCAAUGUUGAAUAAAUGAAUUAAAUACAAAACCCCCUGCGCUUUCUAUACCAGCAGGAAAGUGUCUCUUCAGAGUUCAGCUGGCUGUGCUGCCGAGUGAGCUGGCUGCCUCUCUGCUGUAUAAAGCAUGUGGUCUAAUAAUGUUUGGACAGCUGACAAAUUAACCUUUUUUGUAAUCUUUUCUAUGUGACGUCGACCCCCUCCACAAACAAAAGGCGAUUUCUAAACCACAGGCCUGAUUUCUGCAGCUAGCAUGAGGCGUUGGGCCGACUGCACAGCAGAGGCUGGGGAAGGCGUGUUCCGAAUUAGCAGCUGUGGGUGCAGGCACUGGCAUGUUCAGCUCGAGAGCGGGGCGAGUUGGUCCAAGAGGAAAGACAGCUUGUAGAAAUUUCCAGCAAACGCUGUGUUAGAUAAGCAGGCGCCCGCUCUUCGGUCCCUUGCUGGUGUCGACGGUGCAGGCUGUCACAGAGGGUGGCUCGAAGGGCUGGGGAGGCAUCGCUGAAGGCCGGCCGUUGGGCUGGAGGGAAGCUGCCUGGCUACGUAACGCGGAAAAACCAGAAUCCGUGAAUUGUGCAGCGAAGCACCGACGCGCAUCGAUUCCAGCGUACGGUAGUUUGUCGGCUGUUGCUGGGCUCUCCCGCGCUGGCAGACCUCCGGCUCUGUUCGCUCCCCAGCGCCGCGCUGUUUUCCUUUGCCUUUUGUGGCCAGAAACAAGCGAGGAACGGGGAAUCGAGCGAAGAAGUGGGGCGCCAGGCAAGGUUACGGCCUCCGCUGUCCCGUGUCACUGUAAGCCAAGGGAGCGCGAUAGAGGGACCUGCCUGUUGUGGACUCCAGAGCAACACGGAUGGGACUUCGUGGAGAUAGCUCUGCUAUCUUGCUUUUUAUUUCAUUUUUAACCCCACAACUUCACCGUGCAUUUAUGCAGAAAGACUGGAGGAACUGGGGCAGCUGGACCUGGGACCGGCUGCUGCCCAACUUGCUAACCUCUGAUUUUUCUUAAGAACUUCUGACACGAGAUCCACUUGGAGCCGCCGCCGCCCCUAGCUUGCAUAGUUGAAUUUUACACGGCAGUGACUUAAUUUUUAGACUUCUGAAGAGUGAGUUCUAGUAUCACUGUCCUUUAGAAGGAGCCCAGUAUUAUCUAGAAUUGUUGGUAACUUUUUUUACUGUUGGUUUUUAGAUAUUUGAAGGUGAAUUUAAUGAGAGGAAUUGCAUCGAUGUUUAGGUGAAAAUAAUUUAUUUCAAUAAAACUCUUUGGGAAGCCUUACCUUGCAAUGCUAUUAGUAAACCUCAAAGAAUUUUUUUGAGAUCUUUGGUUUUGCUCAGAGCACAGCUGUUUCGUUUUUAUUGUUUUAAAAAACAAACAAACAAAACCCCACAAAAAUAAAAUCUUGGUCAGUGUUGGAAA